AGAGCGGCAUUCUCUUCACUCCUGCUUUGAAUGCAAACUCUGAGUGAAUAAUCAUUUGGAAUUACAGAUGUCCAGGCUACUAUGUAUAAUUGAUUUAUAUGCCGUAGCAGUUUUGGGGAUUGGAUAAGUUUAUUUAUUGGUCUUGUUGGAUAAGAAUAUUCAGAAGAGUCAUAAGCCAACGCAUCAACAAUGGCAGAGAAAUUCACCAUUGAAGCUAUCAACCAGCAAGAAUACGAGGAAUUCAUUGAGAAUUUCGAGAACAUUGCUGAGCAUGGUAUAUUAAUAGCUGGAGCAGUCUGGUCGCAUCGACCUUUCCAGAGCUUUGAUCAUUUACACCGUUGCUUCUGUGACUUUAUGGAUUCAUUGCCCGAGUCUGGUAAGCAGUCCAUCUUGCGAUGUCAUCCUAAUCUUGCCGGUAAGCUUGCACGUCAAGGCAAACUAACAUCGGAAUCAGAGCAAGAGCAAGCAAGUGCUGGUUUAUCUUCAUUAACUGAUGAACAGUACAAUGAGAUCCAUAAGAACAAUGACAUAUACCGCAAGAAGUUCUCCUUCCCGUUUGUGAUCUGUGCGAGAGAGAAUAAGAUUGCUGCUAUUCUUCAAGGACUACAAACUCGUAUACAGAAUGCAAGGGAAUUAGAGCUUCAGAAAGGCAUAGAGGAAGUGAAAAAGAUUAGCUACUAUAGACUCCUAGAUAUGAUUCAGGAGAAGACUUUGUCACCAAAAAAACCUAAGUUAUGAGGUCCAUUGAAGCACCAGCAUCAUUGUCAUUGAAUAAGGAGUAGAGAAUGUUGAUACGAUAACCUCCUUUCAUCUAAACCAUUUUUAGGAGAAGGCUUUGUCACCAAACAAAUUUUAAUUAC